CCUCCCUCCAGUGGCCAAACGUCACUAAAGCGGCUUGUUUGCUCGCGUUGUUACUCUGUUUUGGGGGAUUGUGCGCCCAGAUAAAGACUCAUGGUUCGGUUCGACACGUGCUUGAACAAGACGUCCGUUGGCUCUCACUGGACUUCAGCUGAAUAUUUUAAAUUGAUUGUGAGUUAUGACAUCAGAGGAGAAAGAUGCAGACAUCAUGCUGGACCCCCAGUUUAUCCAAGAGAGUGGGGAAGUGUACAGAAACCCCACUGAGGUGCAGAUGAGCCAGAUCGUGCUGCCGUGCCAUGCCAAUCACUGCGGGGAGCUUAGUGUGGGACAGCUGCUGAAGUGGAUGGACUCCACAGCCUGUUUAUCUGCUGAGAGACAUGCGGGUUGUUCCUGUGUCACUGCAUCGGUCGAUGACAUCCUCUUUGAACACACAAUAGGGGUUGGACAGGUUGUCAACAUCAUUGCAAAAGUCAACAGAGCCUUCACAUCUAGCAUGGAGGUGGGCAUACUAGUGACUUGUGAAGACCUUUACACUGACAGGCAGUGGAAAGUUUGCCGUGCCUUUGCCACCUUUGUUUCCAGACGAACUGAAGCUGGCAAGGUACAGCUCAAGCAGGUGAUUCCUCGUACACAAAUGGAGCAGAUGGAGUACAGCCUGGCAGCAGAGCGGCGGAGGAUGCGGCUCAUCCACGCUGAGAUUAUCACAGACCUGCUGAGCAGCAGCACAGCUCAGCUGGGAGAAUGUCAGGAGUAUGAUGAUGCUGUGCCAGCUGAGAAGACACGAGUGGAGAGCGUGGAGCUGGUGCUUCCGCCCCAUGCCAACCAUCAGGUCAGCACUUUUGGAGGCCAGAUCAUGGCCUGGAUGGAGAAUGUGGCUACAAUUGCAGCAAGUCGAUUGUGUAACGCCCACCCAACCCUGAGGACUAUAGACAUGUUCCAUUUUCGUGGGCCUUCCCACAUCGGCGACCGGCUGGUGCUGAAAGCUAUUGUUAACAAUGCCUUCAAACACAGCAUGGAGGUGGGAGUUUGUGCAGAGGCCUAUCGGGGUGGAGAACCUCUCCGUCACAUCAACAGUGCCUUCAUGACCUUUGAGGUGCUGGAUGGCGACAGGAAGCCCCGCACACUGCCACACCUGCGACCUGAGCCUGGGGAUGGAAGAAGACGUUAUAAAGAAGCUGUUGCCAGAAAGAAGAUUCGUCUUGACAGAAAAUACAUCAUCUCCUGCAAGCAAACCCAAGUGCCUCUGUCUGUGCCCUGGGAUCCAAGUAACCAGAUGUACCUGAGCUACAACAACGUAUCAGCCCUGAAACUAAUGGAUACCAAGAACAACUGGGUCUUAACUUCAGAGAAAAAUAAGGUCAGGCUGUACACGCUGGAGGAGAACCACAUGCUAUAUGUCAAGGUGGAGAUGCACGUCAGCGUCCCAGCCGAGCAGGCGUUCCACCUGUUGUCGGACCUGAGGAGAAGAAAAGAGUGGGACCGGCAUUAUCAGGAGUGUGAGGUGAUCAACCAGGCGGAUGAGGAUGACACCCUUUAUCGUGUAGUUACGCCCUCUGUCAGUAAAGGUGGCAGAGGGAAAGACUUUAUCUUGCUUGCAUCUAGAAGGAAACCAUGUGAUUCCAGGGACCCAUAUCUGAUUGCUCUGCGUUCUGUCACUUUGCCCAAUCACCCGCCCACAGAGGAUUUCUCCAGAGGAGAGGUGCUCUGUGCUGGCUUCACAAUCUGGGAGGAGUCCAGUGCAGUCACCAAGUUCACCUACUACAACCAGGCCACACCAGGAGUCCUUCCCUACAUCUCCACAGACGUGGCUGGCCUCUCCUCCAGCUUCUACAGCACUUUUUCUGCCUGCAGCCAGUUUCUGGAAGCCAACAGGGACAGCCUGGAUGCUCUACAACCUUCUUCAUUUUGAAUUAAAUCCCUCUUCCAUAAGCAAAGAAGUGGCAUUAGCUGGCAUGAGUAGCAUUGCUUCACAGUUGUCAUUCAAUUUUAACACUGCUUUGGAGGCACUGGGCUCCAAUAUAAGUCAUAAAAUAAACCAUUCUGAGAUUA